GGUUCUUCCUUCUUCCAUCGGUAACCGCUCUCCGCGAUUGCUGCGCGCCAUAGAAAAAUUGUUUAGAUUGUGAUUGUCUCUCAAUGCAGCAUUCGAGUUCUUCUCUCCAGGGUUUCUAUCAGUGAUGUUAUUGUCGCCCCGUAUUUCUCAUUUUCACGCAGCGGCAUUCUAAUCGCUAAAGCAUCAAGAAAUCUCAGCUCGUUUGAGUAGUUGCUGACUAAAUUUCUUCUUUUCUUUCUUUUCUUCAGCGAAUUUUAGGAAGCUCCGAAGAACACACCCGGGUCGUAGGCGGUGCUGGCUAUGGCUGAAAUCACUUCAUCUUACAGUGUUGUGGACACCGACCAUGAAUUCGCAUUUCCGCAAGCCUCGAAACAAGAAAGCAAGGCUCUUGAUGCUCCAGAAAAGGAUCAAAGUAGCUGCCUGAAUGCUUCACCAGACGAAAUCCUUGAGCUUCUUAAAGGAGACCACUCUUGCGAGGCAACCAAACUCAUCGAGGAGUCUGGAAUGAUCGAAGUGGAUGAAGCUCCCUCGGAAGAUCGAAUGCAUGCCUCGACGAUGGUGUACAGCUUCAUUGGUGAUCCGGGUGCCUCUUUUCUGGGAAACGUUGACACCAAAGAGCGUGACUGGGUUUCUAUCCCAGCUCCGGUUAAACCAGAAGAUCAAGCUGCUUCUAUCGUCUACGAUCAAGACACUCUCGCAAAAUCGCCAGAAAACACAGGAUGGAUUUCCGUGGACGUGCCUGGCCAUCAGAAACAAUCCGACGAUACGUGCUCGGUACCGUGCUCGCUGGUGGAAUGGAUAACUGUGGACAUGCCUCCGAAAACUGGACAAGCUGACGCAUCGACGAAGCGAGGCAUGCAGUAUAGCGAGCAUGUUUGCGUCAGCUUCUCGGAGAGAACUCAACAAAACUCCGGGGGUCACAAGUACUACUCGGCUGCCAGUUCGCAAGCUUGCGGCAUUGGACCGGUUCCAAGGACACGCAAAAGGCGAACGAUUUCUGGGAAGAUCAGAGCAAGAAUAGAAGCACUUGAGAAUUCAUUCCGACAGGAGCUAGACCGCUUGAAUUCCCCGCUCACGAAAGUGAAAAACAGAAGAAUUCACGAGGGUCUGAGACGUGGAGCUGCCGCAGCUGUUGCCAUUGACGAGGGAGGAGUGCCAAACUUUAAGGAAGUGCAGCAAAGAAUAAAGCGGCUGAGUUUGUGCGAGGAGAAGCCACCGAGGCCAAUCCAUCAGCUCGGUCGAUUCGAAAGCCAGGCAGCGACGUUCCCAGCGACGUUCCGGUCUCAAGUGCCGGAAACUGUCAUUAGCGAGUGCCAAAGCUCGCAAGCUAACAGUGACGGGUCCUCCAUGGUCCCGGAAACAAGUAACGAAGUGAAAAACGUUUCCGAGCAGCUAUUGCCUGAACUAAACCGUGGAGUGGAGCCCGAUGAUGAGCCAGUGAAACCGGAUAAUUUCGAGGAUGAAGAAUGGGAGCUCGCAGGAAAAAACGGUGCACAGCCAGACCAAGAAAAAGAGUUUGAACUUGAAGGAGUUCCAGUGGAAUUGACAGAGGGAAUUCCCAAGUGCAAGAAUCAAACUUCUGUGGGUGGAUUGGUUAAGCAGGUUAUCAGUGGAGCAGCGCUACUGGCAGGACUCAUAUUUUUGUGGCCAAGGGGUAACAACUUGAUCUGGAGGGCUCCUCAGAAAAGGAAGAGGUACAACGUGGUGACGAAGGCAAGCUCGUAUCAGGAAAUUGCUUCUUACAGUGACUACAAGAAAUCGCCAGGAAACCGGUUUAAUCUGGAAUGUUUCAAGGGAUGAAAGUAGCACAAUUCAUUGGACUUUCAUAACAAAUAGAAUUACUAUCAGUUUAGUUCA